AUGACGCCCUUGUCACCAACAAACGAAUCUAGACUGAACAUUGAGACGGCCCUGACUGAAGAAGCAACGAACCGCGGGUCCUUUGAGCACUACGAGGUCCACACCCGCACUGAGACAACCACGAGCGGCGGUAAUGACAGCGGCAGCGACACUUCCUCCACCACCACCACAACCACCACUACCUCUUCGCAUUUCGUAGACGACAUCACCCGAGACCAGGAGAACAUGCCACCCUCUCCCCCUUCGGAUUCCUCGCCGUCGCCGCCCUCUGCGCCCGCGACGGCAAUCAAGCCCCAGCGCCACUCUCGUGUCAUGUCUGGGACUGCACCCUCACCGCUCAAAAUACUCGCCGGCUCCGAGACAUCGGACAAGCAAGCGCGGAGCCCGCUGCGCAAGACUGUCAUUUCUCCCUCCGACAAGGUCAAACGGUUCCCGGUUAGAGUCAGCAACCCGUCAAACGAGUCGGCCCGGAACGUGUCUCCUCCCCCUCGCGAGCGCACCGUGAGCCUCGACGACGUGAUGCACGACAACGAGGGCCUCAAGCACGCGAUCCAGAUCUUUGAGGACGACGAGACCGAGCUGGAGAACGAUGAGACCAUCGGCGACGCGAGCACGAUAAGCACGGGCGAAGGCGAGCAGUACCACCACGAGAUGGGCAAUGGCUACGAGGACCAGAGCAGUCUGGCCCAUCCCGACGAGUCCAUGAUGAGCACCUUCAGCGCCUUCUCCGCCGUGCCCAACCUGACCAUGUUCGCGAAACUUGGCCAGACCCCAACAAAAUAUGCAAGCGUCGGCGGCAUGACCCCGCGAGGAAGGCCAGAGACUGUGCACGAGCAGACCCCGCGGCAGCACUCAGACUCUGAGGGAAAUUCCACCAACCUGUUGGAUUUCACAGCCAGCCAGCGGUUCCCGCACAAAUCACCAUCCAGGCGGGGCAACACAUCGCCCUCCAGAACAAACCCUAACGCUACCCCCGCCCGUCAAAUGUCGAACCUUCUCGACUUUGACAUUCCGCCCCUGCCCACCCCCCGCAGCAUCCCGACCAUCACGCCCAGAGAGCUUGAGAGCCUCAAGUCCAAUUUCCUGUCGGAGAUUAGCAGCUUGAAGGCGUCGCUGAGCGGCAAGGAAGCCGAGGUCCUCUCCCUUAAGACGGCCGUCGGCGAUGCGGAAAAGCGGGUCGGCGAGAGCUUGGAGCAGGCCCGCGAAGAGCGGACGAUGCGAGAGCAAAUCGCCGAGGAGAAGGAGAUGUGGGAGAAGAGCAGCCGCGAGAUGGAAAAGGUCCUCCGCAGUGUCAAGGAGGAGAUCACCCACACCCAGCGCGAGCGCGAGGAGCUUGAGUCCAAGCUCGCCGAGUGCGAGGGACGACGCGAGGCCGCCGAGACCAUGGCUCAAGAGGCCGAGAGCAAGCUGGCCAGCUUCCGCGCCGGCAAGUCCGUCGACGACAGGGCUUCCUCGCCCAAGGGAGGCACGGCCGCGACUUCGAAGGAGGUUGAGAUCGCCGUCGAGCGUGUGGCCCGCGAGCUGCAUGCGCUCUACAAGGGCAAGCACGAGACCAAGGUCGCCGCGCUCAAGAAGAGCUACGAGAGCCGCUGGGAGAAGAAGGUGCGCGAGCUGGAGGUGAAGAUUGAGGAGCUCACCGACGAGAACGAGAGGAUCCGCCGCGACAACACCAUCACCCGCGUCGACCCCGCGCAGGCCGCCGCUGAGGAGGAGUUCAAGGCCCGGGCCGUCCGGGACUCGGCUCACAUCAAGGAGCUCAGCGCCGAUGUCGAGAGGCUCGAGGCCGUCGUCAUGUCGGUCAAGAGAGACAACUCGGAGCUUCGCGACCUCCUCGCGCAGGAGCGCGUCGAGAAGGGCGAGCUGGUGCAGCUCGCCGAAGAGAUGAUGUCGAUCCAGACGCUCGCUCCGCCGGAGCCGCCCAAGCCCGCGCCGACCCCGGCUGCCACGCGGACGCCCGGACCCCCGGUCAGGAGCCACACGGAGACCAACUUCCGCAGCAGCAUUGGCCGCAGCUCAGGCCUCAAGGCGCCCGGAUCCAUCGCCGCGCGCGGGUCGGUGCACGAGCGUACGGGCAGCAACGGCCCUGCACCCAAAGGUCUGCCGAGACCCCGGCCGAUGAGCGAGUUCGGUCCGCGGAGCGGCAUCAUGAGCUCGAUUGAGAAGAUGGGCAACUACCGUGGACGGGGAGACUAA